GUGAGUGAGCGAGCGCUCUCGCGGAGUUACAAACUGGAUGGAGCCGAUUGAAGUAGAUACUUUAGUUAUAUUAAGUGGAUUCUGACAGCGGAUCUCUGGCUUCAGUCUGACGACGUUUCCUACUGGAUCUUAUAGCGUGCCCACUGGGGGAAAAUAAAUCACUAUCUGCAAGAAACAUAGCUGGCAUGCGCUAAUAUGGAAACCAAACCAUUCUUGUCUCUAGCACUGCCCUUUGGAUGCAACAGAAGAUACUUGCAUGUUUUCCCGGCUCCUGAAAAACCCCUGCUCAGUAGCGCCGCCGUGUUUGCGGAGCCGGCCGGGCGACGCUGGCAGUUCGCCCAAUGGCUGCUCCGGCUUCACGGGUGCAUACCCGCUACAGCAGCGCAGGAUAUCCACAGACUCCUCCGGUCAGCUCUCGUCGUCUCCUCUGAGCUCCUCCGCGGGUCACCGAGGCAUCACUAACCACCCUCUCCACCCUCCCCUGCUAAGCCCAUCCGCCAUGAGCUCCAGCCCGGGUCAGCUGCACUCGCCCAUCAGCACCCUCAGCUCACCCAUCAACGGCCUACCUUCACCGUUCCCCGUCAUCAGCUCGCCCAUGGGCCAUCCCUCCAUGAGCGGCCCGUCCUCCACCGGCAUGACCUUCAGACCCAGUCUGAGCCCACAGCUGAGUUCACCCAUGAAUGCAGUCAACAGUUCGGAGGACAUUAAACCCCCUCUGGGUCUGAACGGGGUGAUGAAGGUCCCAGCGCAGCCCACAGGCACAUCCCUCUCCCUCACUAAACACAUCUGUGCCAUUUGCGGAGACCGUUCAUCAGGUAAACACUACGGGGUGUACAGCUGUGAGGGCUGUAAGGGCUUCUUCAAGAGAACGGUGAGAAAGGAUUUGACGUACACUUGCCGAGACAACAAGGACUGUAUAAUUGACAAACGCCAACGCAACCGCUGCCAGUACUGCCGCUAUCAGAAGUGCUUAGCCAUGGGAAUGAAGAGAGAAGCCGUUCAGGAGGAGCGGCAGCGGGCGAAGGAGCGGAGCGAGGGUGAGUUCGGCAGCUGUGCCAACGAGGACAUGCCCGUGGAGAAGAUUCUGGAAGCCGAACUGGCAGUGGAACCAAAGACGGAGACCUACGUGGAGGCCAACCUGAGUGCGCCUGCCAAUUCUCCAAAUGACCCAGUUACAAACAUCUGCCAAGCAGCUGACAAGCAACUCUUUACCUUAGUGGAGUGGGCCAAGCGGAUACCUCACUUUUCUGAUCUCCCGCUGGACGAUCAAGUCAUCCUCCUGCGAGCAGGCUGGAAUGAACUCCUGAUCGCCUCUUUUUCGCAUCGUUCCAUAGCAGUGAAAGAUGGGAUAUUAUUAGCUACAGGCCUUCACGUCCAUAGAAACAGCGCACAUACUGCUGGUGUGGGAGCCAUCUUUGACAGAGUGCUGACGGAGCUUGUGUCAAAGAUGAGAGACAUGCAAAUGGACAAGACUGAACUUGGAUGCCUGCGGGCCAUUGUUCUCUUCAAUCCAGAUUCAAAAGGCCUGUCUAAUCCAUCAGAAGUGGAGGCAUUGAGGGAAAGAGUGUAUGCAUCUCUAGAGGCCUACUGUAAACACAAAUACCCUGAUCAGCCUGGGAGAUUCGCCAAGCUGUUACUGCGUCUGCCUGCCCUGCGCUCCAUCGGCCUGAAGUGUCUUGAACAUCUCUUCUUUUUCAAGUUAAUCGGAGACACACCCAUCGACACUUUCCUAAUGGAAAUGCUCGAAGCGCCACACCAAAUGACAUAAGGGAAUGAUUUCAUGUCAUCUCCGCCCCUCUGACAGAGGGUGCUGCCCGUGUACAGAACACUACAGGAGGCCGGAGGACACAUCUCUGAUCUCACAGGAGAGGACUGAGCUACCUUGGCGCUUCAUCAGAAACAUUGUGCAAUCCACGAAAUACUGCGUAAGCGCUCAUUAUGGAAUAUACCACGCGGGAUGGAUGAAGUGAGGUUUUUUCCAGGUUUGCAUGCACGUUUGGGAAGUCUCACGGAGUUCUGGAGUUUUCGGUUUUUCAUUUCUUCUGCCUUACAGAGGUCUACCUCUGCUUUCCAUUGAGUACACAGCCAAACCGCCUCAUCUCUGAACUCACAAUCAUUGUGCUGUGAAUAUUCAGAUUUCAUGAGAGGAAACAAAAUACCUCGGAUGCACUUCUUCAUGCAGCUGUCCUUAAAAAACACAUUACUGUAUCUGCCAUUGGAAGCUCUUGCUCAAACUGCGCAGUUAACAGGACCAUUUUUCCAGGCACUUAGAAAUGGCUUCUAUAAGCGGUAUUGUCAUACGUCAGGAUUCUGAGGAAGAGGAUAAAACUGCACUCAGUUUGGCUUGAAGUCCUUUUCUUUUUGGAAGAUAUACGGGCCUAUGAAUAACAGAAAGUUCUAAAAAGAAUGAAAAGCAGGUGUACUCCUGGCUGAACUCGCGCUGGAUGAAAAUACAAUGAUUUAUUGUUAGAAUUGUGUAAAAGAAAAAAGCGGAAGAUUUUUCAUGAUGUUUUGCCUCUAUAAUUCAGCAUAAAUAUGUAUUAAGUAUUUCCAAAGAUUUUCAAUAAUGUUUAUAUAUAUCAUCUGAUAAUUCCCAGCAAGUGGGUGUUUGCGAUUUGAAAAUAUGCAACGAGUUAAAGGAAUCCAGAUGAUAGUCUGGCCUCAGGGAAUCGUGAGGUUUGGGAAGUGCCAUGCCUGUCCCCUAUUGGAAAAGUUGUGACAUUGCAGCUGCACUCAUUUGCUAUUACAUGAAAAUGCUUGGCAAACAUUGCAAAACAACCAUUUCUAAGCCUCAGGUUGAUACAAAUGCAAUUUUUGGUUCUGUUGUGCAGUCUUAUCUGGGUCAUAAGGAAGAAACUGUAAUAAUUAUAGAUUUCAUAACAUUUGUAUUGACGCAUCAAACCUCAAUUGCAGAUUGAACC